UGAGAUAAACGCAGCAACAAGACCCGCUUUACGAUGACCUCACCGCCCUGGUCACUUCUUAAAUUAUUAGACUAGUGGCUGUGCCGCUAAAAAAAAUAUUCUUUUAGCUCACAAGUCACGCUUUGACACGGUGGGUUUAGCAAGUUAGCGUCGCCGUAACAGAAGUGCUUGUUGCGUAGCGACGCGAGUGUGGCGCGGAAGCAGUUAGCAUGUAGCCUCGAGGAGCUAACCGCUAACAAACUUUAAAGCUUGUUGCGCACAGCGAGCCUCACUUGGCGUUGCUUUCAUUCGCAACGCGUUGCGUGAAAAUGUAUACCCGAGUCACUGGUUGUAUAAACGACGUUUGGUGUAGAUAAUAUUUUCAAAGUGUGGUGUAAGUUUAAGUUUGACACCUGAUGCUAACUAAGUAAAUGACCGGAAGUACUUUAGGCCACUUCCGGAAACAUCUCUAACGUAAGUUAGUGCUUUAUAUCCUGUUUGUUUACUAUAAUUCCCUUUAAACGGACUCCUAUCAAAAAAGGAAUAUUGUCAACAAACCACUACAGUUUGUGCCUGUUCCACCAAUGCCAGGCUCAUCUCUCGCCGCGCUCAGCACCCCGAAAGAAGGACCUGGCCUCGUUGACUGUUUAAAGAAGGCGGGUCGGGUCUAAGAACGUGGACUUUUUGCACAAUAUGUGAAGCCAGUAACCGGAUCUACAAUACACAUCUGCAGUUGUCCUGGGACGCUCCUGCUUUCACAUCUUGGCCUCGGCAGAAUCGGGUUACGCCCGUCCGUCAGAUGGCGUUCUGCCUGGCUGAGCUGCACUUGUGGUCCACCAAGAGCUCACUCCACGUCAAAGAUACAGAUAUUGGCACGUAUCAGUACUACGAUAAAGGAGAGCCAGCCAAUCUGGAGCAUCACUAUUACAAUGAGAAACUGCAGUUCAGUGAAGCUCGAGGCCACUCGUGGACCCCCGCGAAUCGCCGACCAGAGAGGCUACGUGAUUCGCUGAAAGAGUUUGAGGAACUGUUGCAGGCUAACACCUGCGUUCACACCAGAUGGAGGAACAAGCAUUGCUGCCAGCUCAUACUGUGCAAUGGCAUACUGGUAACCUUGACCCUCAGCGGGCCCCAACUUGAGCAAGUGUGCAUCGACCGAGCGCUAGUGGGCCGACUGCCAGGCGACACCGUGACCGAUGCGGUGCUGAGCGACAGGCUGAUUCUGCUGUCCUUCCUGAAGCAUAACCAAGUGGCUGCGGUCUUCCUCAACAGAAAGAACCAGGACUCCCAGGAGGCUGGCAGGGACACAGACAAACUCUCAGCCUCUGAAAUCAAGGUGAAAUGCGUGGAACUGUCAGGGUGGGCACCUGGCCUCCGCCAUGGCGUGGCCCUCAACCGCCUGCACGAUGUGGGGCUCUGCUGGUCGAGGUGCAGCGAGCAAGAUGAGGAGCCGUGGCCCUGGACGCCUGCAGACGUGCACAGGAACAACCUGGUCCUCUUGAGCUGCUCGCCCGCUGACGGUCUACAGCUCCUCAGCUCUUCCCAGACAGAAGGCAACCUCCUAGACUGCAGCUUCAGUCAGCUGCAGCCCCACCAGCUGCUGACCGUGGAGGCACCUGCUGGACCCCAAGCAUCCAGGGAGGGGUCCUGGGCUAAAUCCUGUGUGUUUGAAUGUCUGCGAGCACGACUGCACCGCCUGUCUGUCAGCCGCAUCUCCCUGCCUUCCCAACCCAUCUCCUGCUCACGUCACCCCGACGAAAGCACACUCCUCCUGGGCCUCGCCGAUUCCUCCGUGGUCCUCUACGAGCACAGGCGAGGGGUCUUGCUUUUGUUCCCCGGCCCCGCUCCGCUCUCCCUCCUCGCCUGGCACCCUGCUGGUGCUGUGGCCGUGGCGGGGGUGGUGCAAGGCGAGCUCAUAUGCUUUGAUGUGGGCCUGGCACCCCUCAGAAUAGCGCUGGUGGCAGAAGACGUGGCUCCGGUACCCACGCUACAACUGGCCCGACACCUGCGCUGCCCUGGGGGUCUGCAGAGGCUACAGUGGGCAACAGGUCCAGAGGGCGGCGCCGACGGAGUCGAUACACUCCUGCUGGCCUUUCAAGGAGGACCAUUAGCGGCCUUAAGAUUCCGACUGGGAGCCCUGACGGGGGGCCAGUUGGGCCCAGGGGUGCUUCUCCAACAACGGCUGUGUUGUGGCCAGGUCCGGGAAGCCCUCGGCAUCCUGGGGGCCAUGGACUGGAACAUCAUGGGAGACGAGUGCUUCCGAGGCCUGAGCUCCAUCACCAACCACUUGCUGAGGCUCCCGCUGGACACACAGACUGAAGCACAACUGGAAGCUGCAUUCGGAGUGUUUUAUGCCCCAUCUGCGCCUCUGCCUGGUAACGUGUCGUCGGACUACGAGAAGCUAAUCAGCCGAUACGCACGUCGCUUUUUCCACCACCUUCUCAGACAUCAGCGCUUUGAGAAGGCCUUCCUCCUUGCUGUAGAUUUACAGGCCAAAGAUCUUUUUAUGGACCUCCAUUAUGUUGCCCGUGAUAAGGGUGAGAUGGUGCUAGCCGAGGUGGCCAAGAGGAAGGCCGUGGAAAUGGAGGCAAGGACCUUCGGAAGCGACGAGUCUGCGAGAGAAAGAAAUGGUGUGUUUGCUUCCAGCUUUGGCAACAAGGUCCAAAGUGCAACAGCAACAGGAUCGUCAUACCCCACCAAAACACUGGCCGACGGACGAGCCAAUCGGGCGGGAGCUCAGGCGCGGCGGGCACACGUGACCGUGAACCCAGACGUCCUGAGGACACUGAUACGAGCCGGAACCAAAGAGGAUGACAGAGAUGAUGACAGUGAGGAUGACGGCCUUGCGAUGCUUCGACUGCUUCAUCUUGGAACCGUUGGAUAACAACAAAAAGCACCCCUAAGAGUCAUUAAUCAUCGUUGCUAUGGAUAAAAUUGGGCUUCCGAAGUUCAACAAGCUUCCAAAGAAGGAAAGAAAACUGAUGACGACGCCACAUCGGGACCAAUUCCAAGGUGGCCAGUUGGUGAAGUUUGCUCCUUAGUAACGGAGUGCAGCUUUAUCUCCAAGAGUUCACAGGUCACUGGACGAGGCACAGCCACACCUAACUCAUCCAGCCAUGUACGGUAGGCACUGGGGCACAAGUCACUUCAUCUCAGUGACGUGAGGAAACCACAGCGUUUACCUUUCAAAGGUGCCGUUCUAGAAAAAAAAAAAAACAUUUCAUAUAUUUCCAUCCCUGACAGUGAAUGUUCCUCAAGGUGUGUGUGUGUUUGCGCGUGUGUGUGUUGAGCGAGAUUACGGGCCACAGUUUUAUUCAUGAAUAGGAGCCAAGCAGCGACUUUAAAGCGUGGCGCGGAGCCCCUUUCCUGAACAGCCGCCAUGCCCGUGUCAGAGCUGUCGACGCGGCGCGCUCAGCGGCUAAUCCGACAGCGCCGUGCGAGCCCUAAUCCCUCACUGUAUCCUAAUCUAUUUACUUUGCAUUCUAAGAGGAUUUCCAUCCCAAAAAAUAUACAAGAAGUGAUGUUGGAAAUGGACAGAAGAUCAACGCGGAUGCUUUUCUGCUCUUUUUUAACCCCCCUUGUUUGUUUUGUUAGCUUUCAGGAAGAGAAAAAUCAUUGUAUGUUUUCGGGGAGUCAAUCCCCUGCGAGAGGGACGUCUGAAAGGAAUUACAUUUGUGACUGAUACUAAUACUUCUCUUAUGUAAACAUCCAAAUGUGAUAUUUGGCUUGCCAUGGUGCCGCUCGCUGCUGCCGCCGCUGUUGCCUUCAUUCACUGCACUAAUUCACUGAGCAUCUUCUCAUUGUUGGACCUGACAGCUGCAACAUUGCUGAACAGCGGAGGACCAGCUCCUCUCUCGCGCUUGCACGUCAGCAGCAGCACGCCAACAAAGGCCCACACCGUGGACUUUAUGACGUGCAAACACACAACAAGGCCAAGUGCUCUCCGCAGCGGCCCUUGAAGCAGUUUGAAGUCAUAAAUAGUAAUGACUGUCAGCCUAUUAGUAGUGAAAUUAAGCACCGGCCUCGUUCAUCUUUGGAAAUUAAGGCAGCCUGCAGCAUUUUUAUUAUUUUUUUACAUGGACAACCUGUCUGUGGAUCCACUUUUAAGUCCCUGUCCACCUCUGCAAAAAAAAAAAAUACCCCCUCAUGUCGACGUCAACACUGGGCUUCAUGGCUAAAAACCGUAUCACGAUGUAUCAGUCGAUGUCGAUAGUUAUUUUUGAUAGGUCAUAAAAAUGUUAGAGAUGUCCAAUAAUAACUUUUUUCCCGAUAUUCCGAUAUUGUCCAACUCUUAAUUACCGAUUCCGAUAUCAACCAAUACUGAUAUAUACAGUCGUGGAAUUAACACAUUAUGGACGUCUUGCUCCCCUGGGUCCCCUGGACCGCCAAUGAUGGACAUGACAGCCGUGUUCAUCUUUGCUAACAAGGAUUCAUUUUUCAAUAAUGUGCUCUUUUCAGCCAUGUUAAAGUUUCUUGCUCAUUCUCCAUCAUCAACAACCUCCUCCUUCCCGACUGCUGCCUUUAACAGAGCGACAGGUGAUCAGACAAACACUCUCAGCUGUGUCAUCUACGCACCUGUCGCUAAUCUCGAAGCCGGUCCUGCCACAGCCCGCUUUGCUGCAGGUCUGCAAACCACGCCUCCCCACACACAUUAGUGUGAUGCCUCGCUGGAUGCAUUAAACAAUGUGACAAGGUUUUCCAAAAUAAAUCAACUCAAGUUAGGGAAAGAAAUGCCAACAUGGCGCUGCAAUAUUUAUUAUUGAAGUCACAAAGUCCUUUUUUUAUUUUACGUGCCUCAAAAUAGCAGCUUGGAAUUUGGGACAUGCUCUCCCUGUGAGAGCAUGAGGAGGUAGAGGUGGGGGGGGGGGGUGUAUAUUGUAGUGUUUUGGAAGAGUUAGUGCUGCAAGGGAUUCUGGGUAUUUGUUCUGUUGUGUUACGGUGCAGAUGUUCUCCCGAAAUGUGUUAGUCAUUCUUGUUUGGUGUGGGUUUACAGUGUGCCAUAUUACCUGUACUGUGUCAUGGGUUAGGAUGAGCAAGCCAAGCCCUUCUUUUCUCCUGCUCGUGCUACGCUGUUGCAAACUUCCCUCGAGCUUGUAAAAAAACAUUUUUGUACUGUAUCAGACGAAGACUUUCUGCGUCUUAUUCGCACUCAACACAUAAGUUAAAGUGCCAAUGAUUGUCACACACACACACUAGGUGUGACGAAAUUAUUCCCUGCAUUUGACCCAUUACCCUUGAUCACCCCCUGA